CAGCAGAGGAGUCGCUGCCAAUUGACAUUUCGCUACCAUAUGACUCGAAGAGAGCCACUGGAUUUGUUGGGAUCGUUAGGGAAGCCAAAGGAAAGAAACAUUUGAACUCUAUCGUUCAGAUCCUCUUCCAUUUACCUUGCUUGAGACGAGCUGUUUACCAGAUUCCCGAGUCUUCCAUUUCUGCGUCUAUAGUAUCGUCCCUCCAAAAAAUCUUCUCCAAGCUUCAGACCAGUCAAAGAAUUGUUUCAAGAAUGGGGCUGAAAACGUCUACAUCUACCUUACAAGAUGAAGUUAAGUAUCUCUGUGAAGAGCUUGAAAAAUCUUUGAAGGGUACUGCUGAAGAGGGAACAACACAGAAGCUAUUUGAGGGUCACUGCAGAAAGGCACCUGAUGACAACUACACAAGAAAAGAAUCCUUCUCUAGUCUCGGGCUUGAUGUCACAAACUGCAAGGAUGUGUAUGCUUCUUUUGACAAAAAAUGCAAUGGUGAUAUUGAAAGUGGUGUUUUGUUCACAGAAUUUCCUCCAGUUCUUCAACUUCAUCUUUCGAGGUUUCAAAAUGAUCAUGGGAAGAUAAAUGCUCGGUACGAGUAUCCCUUAGAACUGGAUCUUGAUAAGGAGAACGGUAAAUAUCUGUCCACUGAUGCUGACAGGAGCAUCCGGAAUCUAUACACUCUUCACAGUGUCAUUGUCCACAACGGAGAUGGACAUCACUUUGCUCUCAUUAGGCCCAGACUGUCAGAUUUGUGGCUCAAGUACGACAACGAAGUUGUGAAAAUAGUUGACGUCAGAAGGGCUUUGGACGAACAAUAUGGUGGAGAUGAAGAGUUUCCUCCUUUCACCUUUACAAAAGGCUCGAACGCAAUUAUGCUUGUAUAUGUCCGGAAAAGUGAGAAGGACAAAAUAUUUUUCACAAUGGACGAUGAAGAGAUACCUGAACAUGCAAGGCCGAAGAAAGCAGCAAGGCUGAAGAAAGCAGAAGAAAUAGAAGACAAUCAAACCGACAGCUUUGUCAUAAUCAAGGUCGCAAGAGUUCAGGACGAACAAACUGGGACAGGUCUUGUUGAUUUUGACAAAGUUCUUAGUUUCAGAAUCAAGAAACUCUCCAGUUUUUAUAAAUUUCUGGAGAUUGUGUCUGAGCACUAUGGAGUGCCAACUCACAGGAUAAGAUUCUACAAAUCUCAAGCUUGCCCCAUUAUGCCCAAGAAAGAAUCAGAUACGGUUCUGCAAAUGGUUGGAGACAGUCCUGAGGUCAGACUGUUGUUACAGUUUGACAAAUCUCCUUUGUGCGCCACAUGCCCUUGCCCUGGGGUUGGAGUCUUCCACGUCUUCGACAUUGAAGACUGGCCAAGAAAGUCAACCAUGUGAUUCAGAGAGUAUAGUGACAUUGAAGACUGGCCAAAAAAGUCAACCAUGAUUCAGAGAGUAUAGUGACCUCAUCAUAAAACAGUUAAUUAGCAAAAAUAUUGAAACAUGUAUAGUACUGUUUUCACUGUUUUGACCAUAUCAUGUAAAAUACAUUUAGUGGUGUCUCAAGUAGUCAAGUGUCAACGACUCUUCUGGACGUGUGGUGAUAGAGUGAAGGAGGCAGGUUUUUGUCGUUUAUGAAUGAAUCUACGUACUACUUCAUCUUUGAUUUGAUCAAUCCUUUGUUUCAUUAUUAGACGACAUAGAGUGAAUCAU